GACGUUUUACUUACCAGUGCUGUUUCAUGCGACUUAACUUCUCUCGCAUAUUGUGAUACAUCUUUGAAGUUUGGCUCCUCAGUUCAUCUCCAUGCUUUUCAGCUGUCUCCAGCUCUUCAAUAUUUGCUAUGGCCAACAUAGAUGAUCUAUUCAAGAAACCAUUAUUGCCGUCUAAACGCAAAUCUGAACCGUUACGAGAUGCCAGCACACUUUAUAAAAGCGCGAAAGUGGAUGCCAACGGAGAUGUGAGCAGUAAUCGGGCGACUGCCGUGGAGGACGAUUUUGACGAGCAAGAUGAAGCUGGUCCUGAACUCCCACCAGACUUCAACCCAGACGAGGAUAUCCCGGAUGACGAGGAAGGGCGAUUUUUCGGUGGUGGCAUAUCGCGGGACACGGCUGGUGCAUUGGACUUCGUUGAAAAACUAGACCAAGGAGAUCCUGGGCCGGAGAAAAUCGACUCCGCUUGGUUACGACGAUUGGCAGUUAACUUUGAGAAGAGGAUAUCUAAGAAUGCAGAACUUCGCGCUAAGUUUGAGAAUGAACCCCAAAAAUUUAUGGCGUCCGAAGCAGACCUCGAUGCAGAUAUCAAAUCACUUUCGAUCCUGUCGGAGCACCCAGAUCUUUAUGAAGAAUUUGCAAGUUUGGGUUGCGUUGGUUCUCUGGUUUCAUUAUUGUCGCACGAAAAUACGGAUAUAGCUAUUGACGCGAUCGAGAUUCUUGGGGAAUUGACUGAUGAAGACGUUGAAGCUGAGCAGGAAGAGUGGGAUUUUUUGGUCACUGCUAUGGUGGACGGGGAUGUUAUUGCCCUCCUGAGUCAAAAUCUUGCGCGACUUGAUGAGGACAACGAUGCGGACAGAGCCGGAGUUUAUCAUGUCAUGAGCGUUCUUGAGAACCUCGCAUCCCAAUUGCCCAUUGCCGAGAAAAUCGGACAAGAUACCGACAUGAUAGCCUGGCUGAAAAAUCGAAUCCAGAAGAAGGAAAAACCAGUGACCCAGAAUAAGCAGUUCGCGGCCGAGAUUCUAGCAAUCUUGGUUCAAUCAUCCGCCGAAAACCGGCAACGCCUCAUAGAAAAAGAUAUGGUAGAUGUCUUGUUGCAGUUGCUGAGUGUAUACCGAAAGGUGGACCCUGAAAAGGACUCCGACGAGGAAGAAUAUGUUGAGAAUCUUUUUAAUUGCCUUACGUGUUUGGUGGAUGAAGAUGAGGGGAAAUCAAAGUUUAUAGAUGCGGAAGGUGUGGAGCUAGCGCAGAUUAUGUUAAGGGAAGGCAAAAUGAGCAAGUCAAGGGCGUUGCGAGUUCUUAAUCAUGCCGUUUGCGGGAAAGGUGGAGCCCCUGUUUGUGAAAGGCUUGUGAAUGCUGCUGUGCUAAGCACUAUAUUUGGGAUGUUCAUGAAAAAGCAAGAUCACCGAUCAAUAGAGCACCUGUUGGGAAUAUUUUCUUCGCUUCUACGACUACUUCCUGGGGACUCUUCUAGUCGGAUACGGACGCUUGCAAAAUUCAUGGAGAAAGACUAUGAGAAGAUCAAGAAGCUGAUUAAACUGCGACGGGAAUAUGCGUCGAAAGUUUCAGCAGUUGAUCAAGUAAUUGAUCAAGAACGGAAACCUAUGAGCUCGGAUGAGCAAGAGCUCAUGGCGAGUGAAUUUCUCUCUCGACGCCUGGAUGCUGGGCUCUUCUGCUUGCAGAACAUUGAUGUCAUAUUAACAUGGCUGGUGGCAGAAGAUGACGGAGCGAAGGCAAAGAUUAAAUCUCUGCUCUUGGAGCAAGAUGAGGAUUUAGGCGUUAUCAAGGCCACAUUGCAGGAGCAAAUAAACGACCUUGACGAAACAUCGGCUGAUGAACUGGACACAAGGGAAAUGCUUGGGACAUUGCUGCAAUUCCUAUGACAACAUUUUAUAUAUAUCUAGAUAGAUUAUUAAUGAAUGUAAUAUUAGUUAACUAU